AUGGUCGUAUGUACUAAUGUGAAAGUCUUCAUAUUCUAUGAGCUCCAGCCCUCCAUUCAUCUAGACAAUUUGAUUUCCUCCAUGGUGGAAGGGGUGAGGAACGCAACCCACCAAUUGCCAUUCAUGGCAGGGAAUUUCCAAGUUGAUGACUCCAGCAAGCUCUGCAUUAUAACACCCCCAGGAAGCCAUAUAGAAGUGAAUAUCCGCCGAACCGAGUCUAUGGAGCACAAAUCUUUUCCCGCCUCGGCUAAAAACUCAUUUUCUCCCAAUGAUCUGGACCUUACCCAGCUAUUGCCCGAAGAGCAAACGGCUGAGAACCCGGUCUGCGCUCUGCAAUUAAGUCUCGUUGAGCAUGGCAUGAUCCUAGGAUUCAGAAUAAAUCACGCUGCUGGGGACUGGUCGUCCAUUGAUACAUUCCUGUCUCUUAUCUGUCAAAGUAGCAAGGCACAUCAUGAAGGCCUGAAAAUGCCCACCUACACCCCAGACCUCAACAGAGCUCCAUACAAUGCUCCAGCGACCGACCCGGCUAUCUCAAGACAAGACCUGCUAGAAAGGCUCCCAACGUUUUACAUUAUGGAGAAGAGUCAAUUCAAACCAAAGCCAUCACCGCCUUCCCAAUCAAAUAUCUACAAGAUCUCUGAGCCAUCUGUCCAACAGCUCAAAGCACAUUGCGCCCCGUAUCUGAGCGAGAUAGACUACGUGACAUCGUACGACUGCAUCUUUGUCCUCAUCUGGACAUCAAUCACGCGUGUCCGGCUCCAUCUUCACCCAGAGAAAGCCACCUCACUAUCGCGCUUCGUCCACCCCAUCGAUGUUCGCACCCGAGACCCGGAGAACAAAACCUCUGAACGAUACUUCGGUAAUGCCGUCAUUGGAUCCCAAGCAGAUCCUCUGACUGCUCAAGCCCUAGUAUCAGACGGAGACCGAGACUUCACUGACAUGGACAUGUUCAUGAACACCUGGUACUCGGGGAGCGCAGAAAAGUAUGAUAUCGGGGCUGCUUCGCUUCCUGUUGCGUUUCGGACGCAUUCAUCUAUGGCAGGAGCUUGCAUGGUAAUUUUACCGAAUUUCUCACGAGGAGCAACGAGGUUCUUCGAAGUUCUUGUACAUUUGGCGGUUGAGGAGCAUAGGCAGGUCGUCAAAUGCAGGGAGUUCAGCCAUUCUGUUCAACAAGCAAAGGACUUUGCGAUAUGUUGGUGCGAUUGGACCUGGCUAUGGGCAGAUUGGUUUUUACAAAGUCCCAGGAUUUACGACCAAAUCCUCAACCCCUCUUGUAUUAGUACUACAAAUCCUAAAAUGAGGGAAAGUUAUGACGCGUGA